AUGCGUCCGUGUGUCUUCCGCUGUAUAUCGCACCUACCCCCGAACGGUGCCGUGAAUCCGCGCGGGGACCCUCGCGAUGAACCCACCUUUGGGGUGUUUAGUGGGCAACACAUCAAGGAGUUUCCCGUUCGCGCCGCGAUCGAUAUCGGAACUGGUGGGGUGAUUUCGCUCUGCGUGGCUCGCGUGGAUGCCGCGCGGGCCGCUGUGCGGGAUGUAAUGUAUCAAACGCAGCUCCCACUCUGCCUGGAGUCGGAAGGGGGUUGGGAGGCGGCCUCCUCGGGCGGGCUGCCGACGAGGCCGUUCACCCUGAGCAGUCGGACGUGUGUGGAUAUUCAAAAUAAAAUGACAACGCUGAGUGGUGCGAUGCGGCGGGAUGUGUAUGACGGCCUUAGCGAACGCGCGGCGGUUUUAUCGUGGCCGAUUUGCCUCGCUGAAAAUGCGGAGCAGCUGGCGGCGGACCUGACGCGGGAAUUUAAAAUCGACGUCCGCGUGCUUGGUAAGACGUUUCAUGUCGAAUGGCCGUUUGGAAGCCAAGGGAAGGCGAGAAUGGGAGCCGGGAACGAGGACGGGGUUCAGGGGGUAGGGAAGGGCCGUAAAGCCGCAUCCGAAUUGGCUCCUCGAGGACGUCAUCCGGGAACGGAUCGUGCCGUGCGAGGGGAGGGGAGUGAUGUGGAUGAGGGUGAAGACGGCAACAGCCUUCGUCGACUACUUCAGCGGGCCUCCGCCGCGAAAUUGUGGCGACGGUCGUCUUCUCGCGAGAUGGAUGCCCCUGAGGGUGAAACCCCCCGCCAUUCCCAUGGGGUCCAGACGAAAGGGAUGGAUGCGUCCAUGGUUUUUUUGGCGAGGGCGCAGGUCGCGCAGCUUGCCUUUCUCGCCCAUGCGACCCUCAGUCGGUGCGUCGUGCCGCAACGCCUUUUGGUGAUCGACGAGGACCCGCAGAGGGGGUUACGUCUCUUCGGGGUUGACAGCACCGCGGCGGAGGACGUGCGGGAUAUCCUUUCCGCCGCCGACGACUCCCCGCCAGAAGAGAAGGCGUCGGUGUAUAAAAAAGCCCUGGCGUGGUGCGAUGACGGGAAUGGUGAGCAGACUGCGGAGGAAAUUCCGGCGAAGGAUGCGGUUUUGGCGCCAGCAAACCCUGGGGAUGGGAAUGGGUUGCUUGAGUUUCGUCUACCUGUUGAUGUUGCGCAGGCGCAUCGAUAUAGCGUCGUGGAGAUCCAACGACGGGAUGCCGCGAGCUAUCAUCUGCACGGUAGCAGCCCAAAUCCGAUGCUCGCGACCGAGUGGGCUUCGUUGUGCUCGAUGCUGGAGCGGCUGAUUACGCCAACCCUCCCAAAGUGGGUGCGGCGGAAGUCCGGAUUAGGUGGAGUCAUCGCGGGGACGAGUUUCAACGGUGGGAUGCUCAACCUCGCCGCUCGGGUAUCGCAGCGGAUGCCCAUCUCGCUCGAUCACCUCGAGGUCCAUGCGCAACAUCAUUUUUGCGGGCUGACGGAUGUUUUGUUGACCGCGAACUUUCCAAAUCCGCUGCUGGUGUUGCCUAGUGUAGCCCUCGCGGCGGCGUUGAUGCGGGCGCUGCAGACACCGCGUAUAUCUUACCUUCCGGAGCUUUCGAUCGCAGCGGCGCUGUUGACGCAGCCGUCCCUUUGGAUUUAUGAACGCCGGCGCACUGUUCGUGAAGCGCUCUCACGCUACGAGUACCAUCAGUCCAUGCAGCAUCGAUUCUUUCCUAGACCACAUAUUAAAAGUAAUCCAACAGCCGCACCAAAUGCGGUCUGGGGACCCCGAAAGAAGCUCUAG